AUGCAAUCCAACUAUUCAUUAAGGGAAUUAAAUGCCAAGCGCUUGAAGGUAUUUUUACAAAAGAUGUUUUGCGAUCUCCAGAAUAGCCGAUCCUCCACGUCUUCUAUUACUAUAAAAACUGCAUCAUUGGAAGAGAAGAAAAUUAAUGAUUUCCUGGAUAGCGUACAUAAAGAAAAGAUUGAUAGGGAUGUGACGACUACUACCCAGGAUGAAGCGCCCAGCAGUACUAUCUUUACGCUUUUAUAUGAAAAACUUUGUGAUGCUAUGAUUCUUGCUGAUCGUAAAACCCAAGAAGCUAUCGCGUGUUAUUGCCUAUUUGGAAAGUCACUUAUUCAAAGACGUAAUGAAAUAGCAUCGGAGAGGCAAGUUGAUCCAGAAUCCAAUAUUGUUGGUAGAAUUUUAAAUAAAAAAGUAAAAGCACAGUUACCCACAGAUACUUCUGAUAACCUUUUACGUAAGAGAAUCGAAAAAGCAAAGAAGCUUUAUAAACUUUUUUGA